CCCCCGGAGUGGGUGGACGACGUCGAUGAGGCUAAAGAGCUGAUUCGCUCCAUCGAGAACACCCUGCGUGACCUACACGUGAUGCAUGAGAAGCAUGUCAACACCCCCAACAUGGAUACACAAGUGCAGGAAGAGCGGGCCAUUGAGAUUAAGACCUCGGAGAUCACGGCUACGUUUCAUCGCGGUCAGAAGCUGUUGACGUCCAUCCAACGCAAGGGCAAGGCUUCGGGCUCGGAACAGGAGAAGCGGGUGACGGAGAAUAUCGCUCGAGGUUUGGCCAGCGAGCUACAAGCCCUAUCUCAAACGUUCCGCAAGUCUCAAGGCACAUACCUCAAACGUAUGAAGGGGCGAGAGGAGAAAGAGAAGUCCUACGGGUUUGCAGCUGAGUUGGACGCGGCUGCGGAGGAGCUGGACGACAUCAACUUUGAUACAGGAUUUACGACGGGCCAGCAGGCACAGCUACGAGACAACACGGCCUUGAUUGCAGCUCGUGAGAACGAGAUUACCAAUAUUGUGCGCAGCAUCAACGAGCUGGCCAGCAUCUUCAAGGAUUUGGCCGUCCUUGUUGUGGACCAGGGCACGAUCCUUGAUCGAAUUGACUACAACCUGGAGCGGACCGAGCGGCACGUUGAGCAAGGGCGUAUCGAGUUGGAGCAGGCCAAUCAGUAUCAAAAAUCUGCCAGCAAGAAGUACUGCAUCAUUUUGCUAGGACUGAUUGUGUUGGCCAUGAUUUUUGUACUGAUUGUCAAGGGUCGCAUCUCUGAUCAGAAGAAGAAGCACGGCAGCAGUGACAACAACAACAACAACAACAACAGCUCCAAGAUUGAGCUCUUCUUUUCUUAA